AUUAUUUGUUUUGAAAUGUUCAAAAAUCACUUUGGAAAUGAUGCCUUCCUGUUAAACUGCUGAUUUUGAUCUGUCAAAGUCGUGUAUAACACCUUUAUAAAUAAUGAUUCUUAUUCUUAAUUACAAGUCACAACCAAAUGAAUCCAACCAUAUUAUUAUUAUAUAAGUAACACUAUUUUAUGAAGCAAGACUGAAAUACAAGACGACACAAGACAAGCACAAGGAGAAAGAUGUUUUUUCAGCUGUCACUGUUGUCAGUGCUACCAACAUGAAAAUAUCAUUGAAAUAUCAAAGAUAAUCAUUGACAUCUCGAAUAAACUCAUGAAGUAUUGAAAUAGAGAAGUCAUGAAUUGAGGAUGAGCAAAAUUCUAUGAAUUAAAAUACUCAGUUCCACUGUGAUCAUUCGCAAAAAAACUUCUGGUGAUAACAAAGAUUUUGAUCUUGGCGCUCAUUCACCCACCAGCUGAUUUAUUUUUUGACAUUAGCAAAUAGCGAUACAUAAACAUAACCUAAAAUAUUUUUGUAAUUCUCAAAAUGUUAGCUAAUCUUAAUACUCUAAAGAUUUUUUAAAAAGCAACAAUACCAAUAUUGUUAUAGUUUGUUGAAUUUAUUAAUUUGAAUAGAAAUAAUGUAAAAUACAUCUUGGAAUUUUUUUAAGGAAGUGCAAUGAGACCGGUACAUUAGAGUUUGAAGUGGAGUGUAUUCACUCGUAAAAAACGUUAUUCUGCUCUGUACGAGUUCUAAAUUCUCAACGUAGGUAUUUUGAGAGAAUUUGCUGGGCUCAAGUUUACUCAAAAAUGUCUCGAAGCAGCCACGGUGAACCUAGAAGGUUCCUAGUACCUAGAAGGUACUUUAUCAACAACCUACCUGACUAUGCUGCUAAUACUGAUGUUAUUAUUGAUAAAGAAAAAAUGAAAGAUCAGAUUUUACAGAUAAUCUCAAAUAUUGUGGGCAAAGAACCGCCUUCUGCUAAGCACGCCGACGGAGGUCUUUACGUUGGAAUUGGUGGCAUUGGUUACAUGUUCUUUCAUCUAAGUCAGAAUAAAGCUUUUCAACAUGAGAAAGAACAAUUUAUUGCCAAAGGUCUGGAAUAUAUUCGAGAAGCAGAAAGGUAUUACAGCAAUAAGUCAUCUAGAGACCCAGGAAAUACGGUUGGUUUUCUUCUGGGAGCUGCAGGUUGUCAUGCAGUAUCUGCCGUGCUAAAUCAUUGUGCUGGUCAAGAAGAAGUCAGCAGAAGCAAUAGCGAACAAUACAGCGCAGCAAUGAACUUAUGUGUACCGGUCAACUUUCUACCGUACGGAGGAGAUGAAUUGCUCGUUGGAAGAGCUGGGGUCAUAAAUGGAGCAAUAUGGAUGGAGAGUGUUCUGGGACAAAAAAAUAUUCCGACUGACCUCCUCGUGAAAGUUUGCAAAUCGACGUUCGAUUCCGGCCAGCUUUACGCCAAAAGACGUUGUCCUCAGUUCGCACUCAUGUAUUCCUAUCACCAGACUGAAUAUCUAGGAGCUGCCCAUGGCCUGUCUUCAAUCGUACAAAUGCUGCUGUCGGUUCCGGAAUUUUUGUCAGCUUAUCCGGAAGCUGUUCCUCACUUGAAGAAAUCGGUGGACGACGUGCUCAGCGUUCAGACCGGAAAUGGCAACUACCCGCCCGCCAUGGAUGAAGUGGGUGGCAAUGCUCGCUCCAGUGAAAAUGAACUUGUGCAUUGGUGUCAUGGUGGCCCAGGUGUGAUAUACCUCCUGGCCAAAGCAUAUCUCUUGUGGAAUGAGGAACGAUAUUUGAAUGCCUGUUUGAAAAUCGGAGAACUAGUGUGGGAAAAGGGUCUUCUCAAGAAAGGACCAGGUAUUUGCCAUGGUAUAGCAGGCUCUGGCUACGUGUUUCUGCUGCUCUAUCAGUUGACAAAAGACAAGAAGCACUUGCAUCGAGCCAAACAGUUUGCAGAGUUUCUGAAUAGCAGUGAAUUUGAAAGAGCCAAAGUACCGGACAGUCCCUACAGCUUGUAUGAGGGCUGGGCCGGCACUGUAUGCUUUCUUGCUGAUCUCCUAUGUCCCGAGAAAGCAGAGUUUCCUUUUUUCAAAAUAUUUCCUCAGUGAAUUUUUGUGAUAAUACACUUUCAUGUACCUACUUAUCAAUGAUUCUCCUUACUCAAAUAAUCAACGUUUUUAACGCGGAUGAGUAUUCGAUUGUCAAAGCUUGAACAUUUCACGAAACUAAAUUUUUAAAGAUCAUGUGUGACUCCAAUAAAAUUUUUGUUUGAUAAGUGUUCCAUUUUGGAACUAAAUCUUGAAAAUAAAGAUCUAUAAACAUCCAAA